AUGAGACCAGCCAGAAAACAAGUGGACGAAUCUGUUUUAAAAGAAGGUCCAAGUAGAGGUCCACCCAUAGAUCGUUCAGGCACCUAUUACAACAUUUGGUACAAUAAAUGGACCGGCAGUGAUAAAAUCCCUAGGUUAGGAAAAACUAUUGGUUUACUGUUGGAUGAAUUGGAGUCUAGUCUAUCUAAUUCGAAGAUAAUUGGAAAUCUAGGGGGGAGAAGGCUAAAACAAGAGGGUGCUGUCCAUUCGGUGGAUACAACAAUUGACUCGUUUGGUCGUGAUAAAUAUAAUGAAUAUCGUGAAGAUAUGGGUGGCGUUGGUUCUUUUAAUCGAGAGAAUCGGACACUUUACGUUGGUCAUAUUUACAUAAAACCAGAUAUGGAGGAAACUGUACGUAAACAUUUCGGUGAUUGGGGCGAAAUAGAAAAAAUAAAGAUAUUGAAAGAUAAAGGAGUCGCUUUCGUUACCUAUAAAAGUUCACUUAAUGCGGAAUUUGCCAAAGAAGCUAUGAGCAACCAAAGCCUGGAUAAUAAUGAGGUUCUAAAUGUUCGAUGGGCAACCGAUGAUCCAAAUCCUAAGGCUAAAGAAGAAUAUAAACGAAAAGCAGAAGCAAUGGCUGCACAAGCUAUACAAAAGAAUCUACCGGCAGAGUUUACCCUUAGUAACGCUGAUUACGUGUAUAAGCGUCCUCGAUUAGGUGAAAAUACUGAUGCUGAAAGCGAUCAAUCUCUUCAGGGCUUACCGAUUACCCCGGGAAAUGAACAGCCAAUGGUAAAUACAGGGGAAUCAUCAAUGAUACCCGAUCAAGCUUCCUUCAUGAAUACUACUAUACAUAGGAAAGGAGGAAUUCUUUCCGAAGCGACCUUGCAAACCUUGAAAUCUUUAUCGAUGAUUAAUCGAUCUAUGACUGUUCAAUCUCAACAACUGGCACAAAAACCAAAGACCAAUAAAAGUGCACUGGGAGGAUUAGCAGAUUAUGAAAAAGUGGCCAACGCUCCAUCGAAAAAUGAAACACCAGCUGAGAGUCAAGUUAAAACAGAAGUUCCAUUAAAUGAAGAAAUGGUUGAGAAUCAAGUCAAAAAAGUUGUAAAAACCAAGACAUCAAAGAAAAAAACCACUACUACUGUUGUUAGACGUAGUACUAGAAAAACUCGAAAAAAUUAA